UGUUGCUGCUUUUCCUGGCAUCGCUCUGGGACUUCCCGCGGAUCAAGGCAGCACCGUCUAAAGCCCGUGAGAUGGGCAAGGGGCUGGAAUGGUUGAUCCGCUACGGCUACCUUCCCCAGCCAGACCCCAGAGCAGCGCGUCUUCAGACCCAGGAAGAAUUCUCCGUGGCUGUCAGAACGAUGCAAAGGUUUGCAGGGCUGCCUGUGACCGGGAAACUGGAUCAAAAGACUUUGGAAAUGAUGAACAGGCCUCGUUGCUCGCUCCCUGAUUUCAUUGGCACCUCUGAGUUGAUGCGUAGGAAGAGACGUUACGCUCUCAGUGACAACGUCUGGAAAAAGACAGACUUGACGUGGCACAUCCGUUCGUUCCCUCGUUCCUCACAACUGUCUGGUGAUCAUGUCCGAAAUCUUAUCUUCUAUGCUUUUCAAGCCUGGAGCAAUUCUUCAGCCUUGACCUUCAAAGAAAUGCCUUCUGAACAAGCAGACAUCUUAGUGGAUUUUGCAGCCUCUUAUCAUGAUGACACAUACCCUUUUGAUGGGCCUGGAGGCACCCUGGCCCAUGCCUUCUUCCCGGGUGAAUAUCCCAUUUCUGGCGAUACCCAUUUUGAUAAUGAAGAGACAUGGAUUUAUGACCCACAGAAUGAAUCACCAGGUCAUGGCACAGAUCUCUUUGCUGUAGCAGUGCAUGAGUUUGGCCAUGCGUUGGGACUGGCUCACUCUUCUGUUAAGGAGUCCAUCAUGAUGCCAUAUUACCAAGGCCCUGUUGGUUUGCCCCACCUGUACCAACUUUCCCUAGAUGACGUCAUGGGAAUUCAGCAAAUCUAUGGUAGGCGGCCUCACAGUUCAUAUCCAGAUGAAGACAUUCCAGCACUGCCGGUCCCCACAGCGCCCCCAAUACCAGACCUACCGCCGGACAGGCCCAGAGACAAGCCUCACUUGCCAGCACCUGAUCGUUGUAUGGCCGGGUUUGAUGCUAUUGCUAAUAUUCGUGGCGAAGUGUUUUUCUUUAAAGCGAGACAUUUUUGGAGAAUGCAGCCAUCCCAGAAUCUGGUUUCUCUGGAGCCAGCACAGACCCUCCGCUUCUGGAAUGGACUCCCCCCGGAUUUUAAGGCAAUUGAUGCUGUGUAUGAACGUGCAAACGACAGCCAAAUAGUGUUCUUCAUUGGGCCCUACUACUGGGUUUUUACUGAUACUCGAGUCAAUCGAGGUUAUCCCCGUCCCACAUCAGAUCUGGGACUCCCUCCUGGCACUGUAAUUGGUGCUGUGUUUGUUUGGCCUCACAAUGGUAAGACGUAUCUCUUAGAAAAGGACUUGUACUGGCGUUAUGAUGAUCAGCUGGGUCAUGUGGAACCAGGAUAUCCGAAACCUGUCACCCUCUGGAAAGGAGUCCCCUCUGAGUUGGAUGACGUUACUCAUUGGAAUGAUGGCCACACAUACUUCUUCAAGGAUAUUCGCUACUGGCGCUUUAAAGGCGGCAACGUGGAGGCCGAUUCAGCCUACCCUCGCUCCACCCCCCACGACCUGAUGUUCUGCCAGGGUUCUGCCACCUUCUCCCCUCCAGCCCCAAGACAUGGGCACGGAGGGGAGGAGGGCCUGUGCCUCAGUGGGCGUGCUGGCCGAAGCGAAAGCACCUUCUUAGCUUGGAUCUUGAUUCUGCUUUGGGUGAUAUGCUGACUCCUAGGCUAGUUACAAAACUGUGCACUUUAUCCUUAUAAAGAGAAGGGGGGCGAAGCAGCAGGGAAAUAUGGUAUUGCCUAGGAAAAGGUUUGGAAUACUUUUUCCUUUAUCUUUUGGUGCUCUCAAAUCUGAUUCCUACUUGGCUGCUUUGUUUCCAUACUCAGUUUCUUAAAAAGAAGUGCUUUGCCUUAAAACUAACUUGGAAAUCCUGGAUCCCAAUCCCAAAUGUGUGAUAAUUUCAUUUCUCAGGGGCGAAGGAAAUGCAUUCUGCGCGUGCUCAGAAGUGCUGACCUUUCUGAUCACAUAUCAAAAAGCUCAGAUUUACCAUUACAAGGAGUCCCCGGGUUAAGAAUGCCCGGUUUAAGGAUGACCCAUAAUUAAG